UGAAGGAGGUUGGAGGCGGGUAUUAAAGGAGAUUGGCGCUGAGGCUGCCUGCCCGCUUCCAGCGCAGAUGCAGGACCGUCGCUGAGAGAGAGAGAGACAGGGAGAGAGAGGGAGUAACGUCCGGCUUUGCGGAAUUUAUCAUAAAGUUAACAGGAGGAACGAUGAGCAGUGGGUCUCACACUAUUUUGCUAGUUCAGCCUACCAAAAGGCCUGAAGGGAGAACUUAUGCUGAUUAUGAGUCAGUAAAUGAAUGUAUGGAAGGUGUUUGUAAAAUGUAUGAAGAGCAUUUGAAGCGAAUGAAUCCGAACAGCCCAUCAAUCACAUAUGAUAUAAGCCAGCUCUUUGAUUUCAUCGAUGAUUUGGCUGACCUCAGUUGCCUUGUAUAUCGAGCAGAUACUCAGACAUACCAACCCUACAACAAGGACUGGAUCAAGGAGAAAAUCUAUGUCCUGCUGCGGAGACAAGCCCAGCAAUCGGGAAAGUAAGUGGAGCCCCACCCUGUGUCCAAAUAAGCCAGUGCAGCUUAUUAUAUGGAAAGCACAUCUCAAAUACAUGCAUAGCCAAGAACCCUCACUCUACAGGAGAUUGAACAGUGCUACACUGCAACACGAUAUGCCUUUGGUGAAUAAAAACUUUCUUUUGUACUGACUUGCAGUAGACAUUAGUGGUUUUAAGCAGUUUUGAAUUUUCAUCGAUGACCAUUACAAGCAGCACAUAAUGCUUUUCUCGGAGAUUAGUUAGUGGAUACCUCAAAGACCGUUUUGGAUGGCUCAUCUUAGAACGUAAUACUACUGUGUUUUCAGUCCAUGAUGUGUUAUUUUUUAAACAGUAAAGCACAGAUCCCCAUAUUUCACAUUUGCACUGUGGCAUAUUGGAAGAAGUGCAUGAAAUAAUGUAGGUUGAAGAGUUCUGUAUGCUGUGUAGUGUAAUUUAUGCAACUUUUGUAAUCUUUAAGCAAUAAAACUUGAUGUUGUAUCUUGA